GCGCGCGGAGAAGCUCGAGGAGUCAGCGCCUCUUCCCUCCCUCCCCCGUUCCCCUCCCCACUCCCUCCCCCCCCCCCCAAGAAUGUUCCGCUACGAGUCUUUGGAGGAUUGUCCUCUAGAUGAAGAUGAAGAUGCAUUUCAGGGUCUGGGAGAAGAAGAUGAAGAGAUUGAUCAAUUCAAUGAUGAUACAUUUGGAUCAGGUGCAGUUGAUGAUGAUUGGCAAGAAGCACAUGAGCGCCUGGCUGAAUUGGAAGAGAAGCUACCAGUGGCAGUUAAUGAACAAACAGGCAAUGGAGAAAGGGAUGAGAUGGACUUGUUGGGUGACCAUGAGGAGAAUCUGGCAGAAAGGCUCAGUAAGAUGGUGAUUGAAAAUGAACUAGAAGAUCCAGCUAUCAUGAGGGCAGUGCAAACCAGGCCAGUUUUGCAACCCCAACCAGGAAGUCUGAAUUCUAGCAUCUGGGAUGGAUCUGAAGUUCUGAGGCGAAUCCGAGGACCACUGCUUGGUCAGGAAAUGCCUACAGUAUCUGUGUUAGAAUAUGCCUUGCCUCAGAGGCCCCCACAGGGCCCAGAAGAUGAUCGAGACCUUUCUGAACGUGCAUUACCAAGGCGAUCAACUUCACCUAUCAUUGGGAGUCCUCCUGUCAGAGCUGUCCCCAUAGGCACCCCACCUAAGCAGAUGGCUGUACCCAGCUUCAACCAGCAGAUUCUGUGUCCGAAGCCUGUCCAUGUUCGGCCCCCAAUGCCACCACGUUAUCCUGCUCCCUAUGGUGAGAGGAUGUCUCCAAACCAGCUCUGCAGUGUCCCGAAUUCAUCCCUCCUGGGUCACCCUUUCCCUCCUACUGUUCCUCCUGUUCUCAGCCCCCUCCAGAGAGCACAGCUUCUUGGAGGAGCACAGCUACAGCCUGGACGCAUGUCUCCCAGCCAGUUUGCACGGGUCCCUGGAUUUGUUGGUAGUCCACUAGCUGCCAUGAAUCCCAAGCUGCUGCAAGGGCGAGUUGGGCAGAUGCUUCCCCCAGCACCAGGCUUCCGUGCCUUCUUUAGUGCUCCACCCCCCACUACACCACCUCCACAGCAGCAUCCUCCUGGCCCAGGACCUCAUCUGCAAACCAUAAGAUCUCAGGCCCCAAUGUUUAGACCAGACACAACUCACCUUCAUCCUCAGCACCGUCGACUCUUGCAUCAGAGACAGCAACAGAACAGAAAUCAGCAUCGGAAUCUUAAUGGUGCAGGAGAUAGAGGAAGUCAUCGGAGCAGUCAUCUGGAUCAUCUCCGAAAAGACCCCUAUGCCAACCUCAUGUUGCAGCGGGAAAAGGAUUGGGUCUCCAAAAUCCAGAUGAUGCAGCUGCAAAGCACUGAUCCCUACCUGGAUGAUUUUUAUUAUCAGAAUUACUUUGAAAAACUGGAGAAGCUCUCAGCUGCUGAAGAAAUACAAGGUGAUGGCCCUAAAAAAGAACGCACCAAGCUUAUCACUCCUCAGGUGGCCAAACUGGAGCAUGCUUACAAACCUGUGCAGUUUGAGGGCUCCUUGGGAAAGCUUACUGUCUCUAGUGUGAAUAAUCCUCGAAAAAUGAUCGAUGCUGUUGUGACAUCUCGGAGUGAAGAUGAUGAGACAAAAGAAAAACAGGUUCGAGACAAGAGAAGAAAAACCCUUGUUAUAAUUGAAAAAACCUAUAGCUUACUCCUUGAUGUGGAGGAUUAUGAGAGACGAUACCUCUUAAGUCUAGAAGAAGAGCGACCUGCCCUGAUGGAGGAAAGAAAGCACAAAAUUUGUAGCAUGUAUGACAACUUAAGGGGGAAAUUGCCUGGACAAGAGAGGCCAAGUGAUGACCACUUUGUACAGAUUAUGUGUAUCCGAAAAGGGAAGAGAAUGGUUGCCCGCAUUCUUCCCUUCCUCUCCACAGAGCAAGCAGCUGACAUUCUCAUGACAACAGCCAGGAACCUCCCUUUCCUUAUCAAGAAGGAUGCACAAGAUGAGGUGCUGCCAUGCUUACUGAGUCCCUUCUCUCUCCUCCUCUAUCAUCUUCCAUCAGUGACUGUCACCAGCCUUCUGCAACAGCUAAUGAACCUACCUCAAAGUGCACCUGCACCAGCACCCUCCAACCCUCACCUCACUGCUGUGCUCCAGAACAAGUUUGGCCUGUCAUUGCUCCUCAUCCUUCUGAGCCGUGGGGAAGACCUACAGAAUUCAGACCCUGCUGUAGAAUCAACGCAGAAUAACCAGUGGACUGAAGUGAUGUUCAUGGCAACACGAGAACUCCUCCGGAUUCCCCAAGCAGCCCUGGCCAAGCCGAUCUCUAUGCCCACAAACCUAGUGUCCCUCUUUUCUCGCUAUGUUGACCGGCAGAAACUGAAUUUGCUGGAGACAAAACUGCAGUCAAAGGCAGAAAUGAGACAUACUUGCCGUGGUACCAUCAACCUAGCCACAGCCAACAUCACUGUUGAAGACUCCUGCAACUUCAUCAUUUCCAAUGGGGGUGCCCAGACCUACCAUCUGAAAGCUAGCUCAGAAGUAGAGCGGCAGCGCUGGGUGACAGCCCUGGAAUUGGCCAAGGCCAAGGCUGUGAAGAUGCUGGCAGAAUCAGAUGAAUCAGGAGAUGAAGAGUCUGUCUCACAAACUGACAAGACUGAGCUGCAGAAUACCCUCCGGACACUCUCCAGCAAAGUAGAGGACCUGAGCACGUGCAAUGACUUGAUAGCCAAGCAUGGCACAGCCCUGCAGCGUUCCCUCAGUGAGCUGGAGUCCCUGAAGUUGCCUGCUGAGAGCAACGAAAAGAUCAAACAGGUCAACGAGCGAGCCACACUCUUCAGGAUAACGUCCAACGCCAUGAUCAAUGCUUGCAGAGAUUUCCUCGUGUUAGCUCAGACCCAUAGUAAAAAAUGGCAGAAGUCGCUGCAGUAUGAGAGAGACCAGCGCAUUCGACUGGAAGAGACCCUCGAGCAGCUGGCAAAGCAGCACAAUCACCUGGAGAGGGCCUUCCGGGGAGCCACAGUUCUGCCUGCAAAUACCUCUGGCAGCACAGGUUCUGGUAAAGAUCAGUGUUGCUCUGGCAAAGGGGACAUGAGUGAUGAGGAUGAUGAAAAUGAAUUUUUUGAUGCCCCUGAGAUCAUCACCAUGCCUGAAAAUUUGGGACACAAGCGUACUGGCAGCAACAUCAGUGGAGCCAGCAGUGACAUCAGCCUUGAUGAACAGUACAAGCAUCAGCUGGAGGAGACCAAGAAGGAAAAGAGAACCAGAAUACCAUACAAGCCAAACUAUAGCCUGAAUCUGUGGAGCAUCAUGAAGAACUGCAUUGGAAAAGAACUCUCCAAGAUCCCCAUGCCGGUGAAUUUCAAUGAGCCCUUGUCCAUGCUUCAGCGCCUUACUGAAGAUCUGGAAUACCAUGAGCUGUUAGACCGAGCUGCAAAAUGUGAGAAUUCUCUAGAACAGCUCUGUUAUGUUGCAGCUUUCACCGUGUCCUCCUACUCCACUACUGUCUUCCGAACUAGCAAGCCAUUCAACCCAUUGCUUGGGGAGACCUUCGAGCUGGACCGAUUAGAGGAGAAUGGGUACCGAUCCCUCUGUGAGCAGGUGAGUCAUCAUCCCCCUGCUGCUGCACACCAUGCUGAGUCCAAAAAUGGCUGGACAUUACGUCAGGAAAUCAAAAUCACCAGCAAGUUUCGAGGCAAAUACCUCUCCAUUAUGCCCCUCGGUACCAUUCAUUGUAUUUUCCAUGCAACUGGGCACCACUACACUUGGAAAAAGGUUACCACAACUGUGCACAACAUCAUUGUGGGCAAGUUGUGGAUAGAUCAGUCUGGUGAAAUUGAUAUUGUGAAUCACAAGACAGGAGACAAAUGUAAUCUUAAAUUUGUUCCCUAUAGCUACUUCUCUCGGGAUGUAGCAAGAAAGGUGACAGGAGAGGUGACAGAUCCAUCGGGGAAAGUUCAUUUUGCUCUUCUGGGGACAUGGGAUGAGAAAAUGGAUUGUUUCAAAGUACAGCCAGUCUCUGGGGAAAAUGGAGGUGAUGCUCGACAGAGAGGCCACGAAGCAGAGGAAAGCAGGGUCAUGCUAUGGAAAAGGAAUCCUUUGCCGAAGAAUGCAGAAAACAUGUACUAUUUCUCAGAGCUUGCUCUAACUCUGAAUGCUUGGGAGGGUGGCACUGCCCCCACAGAUAGCCGGUUACGGCCUGACCAGAGACUAAUGGAAAAUGGGCGCUGGGAUGAAGCAAAUGCUGAGAAGCAGCGCCUGGAGGAAAAACAAAGACUUUCCAGAAAGAAGAGAGAAGCAGAAGCUAUGAAAGCCACAGAAGAUGGCACACCUUAUGAUCCUUAUAAGGCGCUGUGGUUUGAGCGGAAGAAAGACCCUGUUACCAAGGAGUUAACCCAUAUUUAUAGGGGGGAAUACUGGGAGUGUAAAGAAAAACAGGACUGGAACUCAUGCCCAGACAUUUUCUGAAGUGGCAGUAACAGAAAUGAAGAGGAUCUAACAGAAGAGGACAGAAGAUGUGUGGGAAAGCUGGCGUUUGUGACUCUCUUACCAAGUGCUUUCCUCAAGUUUGUCUGUCUUAACCAAUCAUUUUUUUUUCCAAAUCAAUCACCAGAAGCAAACACCAGUGGUGGUGAUUGGCUGGUUGCCUUAGCUGAUCGAAAAUGAAAUCGACAUACUAGAUACCUGUGUUUGUAAGGGAGAGGUUUGGUGGCUGAAAAGUGAGUGCUAUUCCACAUCUACAAAGUCAGGUGUUCUUGACUCUUCUUUCCCCCUCGGCCCCCAUUUAAAAUGAUGUCAUUCAUCCUCUCUGUAAUGUCCUGGAUGGCCAAGAUCUAUGUAAGAUGAUGAUUCAGGGGCAUUUUGUGCUGUUCAGAGCAAGAGUUGGUUUUAAACCAACUUUAAAAAGAAACACAUAAGACUUACCUCUGGAGGCAUUGCAAAUGGUUGCUUUGGAGCUUAAGUAUAACAUUAUGAAAUGUAUUCACAUGGGGGUCAUUCUCGUGGGAUGUCCGUGCAUAGAGAGCGGAGGUGUUGGACACCUGCAGGAAAGAUUGUUUUGUAAGGCUGCAAUAUUCAGAGUCACAUCCUUGGAAGUUUAUAUCUUCACUGGCAUCAGACCUGCCUCUGCUAUUCCCCAUCUUUGACAGCAACUGGAGAUGGUGGUUAGUAAAAAGGUUGCAUUGUCCUCGCAAAGGGGUUUAUCAACUUUCUCAGGCAGGGGACUUCUGAGAAUAGGCAGAGUGGAAAAGACUGCUCACCACUUUUGCUUUCCCUGUUCCUCUACAUCUCCAUCUUUCAUUGCCUUUCUAGUUUUUCUUCUCUCCUGGCACAAUACCAGUUUGGGUCUGUUCCUGUCCCAUUUACUAUACAUCAGAAUCUGAGAGAAGUUAUAUGGACAAAAGAUUUUACCAUCUCUCAAGCCCCAUGGACUGGAGCCACCUCUGAAAUAAUGUGUUAAAUAUCUGUAUAUUAUAUAUAUGUAGAGAAAAAUCUAAUUUUUGGUUUGAUUUUCCUCUUUCCCAUUAAGAAUCUUGGUUUUUGAUAUCCCUUAUCUCCCUGGGACUCGCUCUUGGACUCGUUAAUAUGGAUUGGCACUUCUCUGCUUGUGAAAAGGGGCAGGCAGAUUCAAAACCCGAGGAGGAUCAAGUCUGGCAGUUACUGAACAGGGACCUUGUCCAUGGUUUGUAUCAUGGGGUGCCCACUGCUGUCUAAACUCUGCUUUCCUAAUUACCUGAUUCUUAAAAAUGAAAUCCUAACCUCUUUCCUGCCUCUUUUCUUUCUUGCAUUAGGAAGAAUAUGGGUUGAAAUUCAGGAGGGUAAUUUCCAGUUUAAUUCUGCCCUUGUUCAAUACACAGGCUAACUCCCAAAAGAACUUUCUUCCUCAGAUGUAGGGCUAAAAGUACUGUCUGGCCGAGUAGACAGGAGACCUGCUCCUGCUGGGCCUUGGCUUCCUUCUUUGUUCCGUGUUUGUUUUACGUUUAGAAAUCUAACCCCUGUACAACCCACCCUUGGUUGAGGAUCACAAAUUGAGGUGCCUUUCUUGUAUGCUUUUUGUUAGUGUUUUUUUCUUUUUGUUCCUUAACUGCUGAGCCUCAGCCAGUGUGGAUCCUGGGGGAAAAUAUCAUUCCAGAGGAAGCCAUCCCUCCAGGGAAGUUGGAUUUAUGCUGGGUAAAUGGGUACUUUUAUUCCUUCCCCACCAGACGAGUGACUGCUGGGGGAUUUCCUCCUAAGAACCCUGUUCCCAACACAGGCGAGAGCCAGGGAAGCCCAUAAAGCUCGGACUUCAUCUGGGGCUUUGGGUGGAGUGGAAAUUCCCCACCUAAAUUAAACGUCCCUGCCUUCUCCCUCUUUUCUUUGUCUGCACUACAUUUCUGGCUUGAUCCCCUAUCAGAUUCUUGCUAAUGGAAGCUGAGUCCUUCAGGUGGAAUAAAGUCAAAUGAAAACAAAACAAAACUAUAUAUAUUUUCAGUUUUUUUGCCUUAUUUUUUUUUUUCAAAAAAAUUUACUAAAUUAAAUAAUUUUUAAAAAGUCAUAUUGUUUGUCUGAUUCACUUCUACUCCUACCAGGCAGAAAAUGUUGGUGAGGAAGGGAAGGAGAACUGGUCCGAUGGCGCUUUGUUAAGCUUAGGAGUCUGGGUGCCCAGGAAUGAUGGUCUUCAUGACAAACUGAAAGGAAAGCUGAUGUUCCCACUGUUGAACACCACUCCUUGGGCCCAUGAGCAGAAGAGUAACUUUAGAAGCCCGUUGGUACAGGGGAAUAGUUGCUAGUGUUUUUGAUACUGAGCCUGCUUCACCUCAAAAUUAGAAGUUUUUAGGGCUGCUAUUGUGUAGCUGGUAGAACUGCCGCCUGUGACUCUGGCGUCCCCCUUUUCCAGUCCAGCUCCCCGCUAAUGCACCUGGAAAGGCAGAGGAAGAUGGCACAAGUGCUUGGGCCCCUGUUCCCACAUGGGAGACGUGGAGGAAGGUCCUGGCUCCUGGCUGCAUUCUGGCCAUUGUGGCCAUUUGGGAAGAACCAGUGGGUGGACGACCUCCCUCUCUCUGUCUCACCCUCCCUCUCCCUAUAACUCUCCCUUUCAAAAUAAAUUAAUCUUAAAAAGAGUAAAUAGGGGUGGUGCUGUGGCAUAGUAGACUAAGCCUCUGCCUGUGUUGUCGGCAUCCCAUAUUGGUGCCAGUUUGUGUCCCGGCUACUCCGGUUUCAAUCCAGCUCUCUAUGGCCUUGGAAAGCACUGGAAGAUAGCCAAGUGCUCGGGGCCCUGCACCCAUGUGUGAGACCCAGAUGAAGCUCUUGGCUCUUGGCUGGCUCCUGGCUCCUGGCUCAACGGCCCAGCUCUGACCAUUGCAGCCAUUUUGGGAGUAAACCAGCAGUUGGAAGACCUUUCUUUGUCUUUCCCUCUCUCAGUAACUGCCUCUCAAAUAAAUAAAAUUUAAAUAAAUAAAUAAAUUUUAUAGAAUUUAAUUUCUCUUGCUCACUUAAAUUCUGAGUUUAUUCAGCUUUUUCAUGUAGGAAUUCACGAUUUUCAACAUUUUAAAAAAUUUUCUCAUUUUCUAAAUAUACUUUUUACAACAUUUAAAAAUUAUUAACAAUAAUUGUAUAUAUUUAUGGAGUACAGUGGGACAUUUCAACCCUUAUAAACAAUGUGUACUGAUCAAAUCAGGAUAAUGUUUCCCUCUCUUGGUUGUUACGUGUAAUUGGAGCCUUGGAGCCUCUGUCUUCUGUUUGCUCAGAAAAUACAGGUUAUUGUUAACUGCAGUCACUCCACUGUACUCUAAUAAUGUGCUGGAACACAGGGAGCCUAAGUCCAGUCUGAUUUGGUGCCUGUUAUCCAACUUCCUUAUCUCCACCUCCACCCUGAGAUUCAAAUUUUUGAUUCUGUUUUUUGAAAAUAAGUGAUUGACUUUUUAAAGGUUUACUUAUUUAUUUGAAAGUCAGAGUUCUGCUGGGUCACUCCGGGCUGCAAACAUUUGGGCCAUCUUCCUCUGCUUUUCCCAGGCCACUAGCAGGGAGCUAGUGGAGCAGCCGGGACACAGGCUAGAGCCCGUGUGGCUCCAGCAAUUGGCUUUUAAUUUGAAGAGCUUUGUGAGAAAGAGAAAGACAAUGAGCAUACUUAUUUAGGUUUUCUCUGUAAAAUUCAGGUUCAGGGAGAUCCUGGGAUGGGGAAAGUAACCAAGAGGCCCCAAGAACACUGGCAAGCACAAUUCCUGCCACGGGACGGAACUCCCUGAGCAUCUGCUGUGUGUGCGUGCUGGGGUGCGGCAUUCUCCUGCUUACACAUAAGCAAUUCUAAGAGGAAAAUGUAACAGUUAUUAUUUUGAAAAUAAAGUGCUCAUAACCCAAUUUAAAUAAAUUCUCUCAAGGUCAAAUAGCUGGUUACUAACAAUAUUGGAAUUCAAAACUUGAUUUGUUAACCUCAGAGUCUGUGACCUCUCACUCUGUGCUCUGGAAGAAAUUGGGCUGGAAGGCAGCUGGUGGUUGGUGUACUCUGCGGGGUUAUAAGCCAGGAUGUGGAAAGGCCACGUUGUUUCUCUCUCCAGAGGUUAACAUGGACAGUGUCAGCUCUUUUGAGGCUGUACUUGAAGAAAGAAUCAAGAAGCAUCCUUGAAUCCAGCCUCCAGGCCACUUGACUUCUCAAGGCUCUCGGUUCCACAAAAUUAGCUGUUUUGUCAGGGAAUAUUUU